GCCCGAAUCGAGCUAUUAAGUCAAUUUAAAGACCGAAAGGGGGAGUUCCUCAAGUCACCACUAUCCGUCAGGUUCCCCCGCAGUGGGCCAGAGAGUGCUGAAAAUGAGCGGCAGGAAGACUGGCGCUCCUUUGUUGUGGCUCGCCGUAUGCUUCGGGAGCGCGCUCGAGUCCGUGGCGCUGGGCCCGCGCGCGGUGUGGCGAAACGGCUCGGCGGUGCUCGUGCCGGACUACAUGCUCAAUCUGUACAGGACGCAGUCGCAGCUCGGGCGCACCAGCAGCUAUGGGAGCGCGACGCGCGCCAGGAGACGCGCCAACACAGUCACCAGCUUCGUGGACCAGAGCAAAGAUGAGCCAUCAGCUGAGUCCCACCAGCAGUACAUAUUUGACCUUUCGGGCCUCUCAAGGACAGAAGAACUAGUGGAGGCUGAGCUACGGGUGUUGCGGAAGCUGCCGUCUGACUUGGAGAAAUUACAGUCCUGUGCAGGAAACCUGUACCACCUACGCCUUUAUAGCUGCUCCUCUCGGGGCUCAUCAGGCAAGCCUCUACUACUCACUUCUAGGACCAUCAACAUUCUGGAUACCACCUUGAGCACUUGGGAUGUGUUUAACCUUGGGACUACACUGAGAGCCCACCACAGGGUGCACAGGAGAACUCAAGACAGCAGAUAUGUAUGUUUCAGCAUAGCUGUUGUUUCAGACUUAACAGAUGAGGUGGUAUCCCCUUCUUUAAUUGGUCUGGGUUCGGAGGGGCAACAGAAGAAUGAGAGGGCUUUGCUUGUAGCCUUUUCCCGCACUCGCAGGAAAGAGAAUCUGUUCAGAGAGAUCCGUGAGAAGAUGAAAGCCAUGCACAUGUUUGAUCAGAGUGCUGAGGGUCAUGGUAGACCCAGGCACCGCCAGAAGAGGAGAACUGUCUUAGCAGGUCGCUCUGGUGGAGCAGGGACAGCAGGUGGGGGGGGAGCCAUUGGGGGAGGUGGAACAGGCGGAGGAGGAAAAGGAGGUGGCCGACGGAGGACUCGCUGCAGCCGCAAACCGCUCCAUGUGAACUUUAAAGAGCUGGGAUGGGAUGACUGGAUCAUUGCACCACUGGACUACGAUGCAUACCACUGUGAAGGUGCAUGUGACUUCCCACUGCGCUCUCACCUCGAACCCACCAACCACGCCAUCAUCCAAACGCUCAUGAACUCCAUGGAUCCAGAGUCAACACCGCCCAGCUGCUGUGUGCCUUCCAAGCUCAGCCCUAUAAGCAUCCUAUACAUUGAUGCUGGGAAUAAUGUGGUGUAUAAGCAGUAUGAGGACAUGGUGGUGGAGAGCUGUGGCUGUAGGUAGCAGCAUGAAAUUGGGCUGGAAUACAGCCCUUGAUUUGAAACCUACAAAAGAGCCCCAAUGCAGCACUGCCAGACUCACAGAAAUGAGCCUUAGUGCCAAAAUAUUUUAGCAAUAACUACCAUGGAUAAAGUGUGCGUGCACAAGAAUGUGGUGGAGUGGACAUAAGAGGUUAUACUCAUGGGCAUUUUGAACAGUGUCUGUCAAAGGGGCA